GCAUUCCGGCCCCUAUAAAAUCCCACGAACCAUCCCGGCAUUAUUUCUCAAACCGAGACAGCAAAAGUACAAUACGAUCGAUCUUCCUUCCCCAAUAAUAAUCUCUACGUACGUAUAUAUUAUAAAAUAUACGCUUCGGGCGAAAACGACGAUGAGGCCCUCUUCUCCUUUAUCAGUGAUUGCGGUACUGGUGGGCGUGUUAACGGUCCUACUGUGCCUAUCUCCGCAGGCGACGGGCCUGAUGCCGUACACGAGGAGCCUGUGGGACAUGAUGCUCCCCGCGGAGGAUCCCUUCCGCAUCCUGGAGCAGUCGCCCCUCACCGUCCCCAAAGGGAUGGAGCCCCCGCUCGCCCUCGCACGUGCCGACUGGAAGGAGACCCCCCAGGCGCACGUGAUCUCCCUCGACGUCCCGGGGGUGAAGCGGGAGGAUAUUAAGAUAGAGGUGGAGGAGAACCGGGUGCUGCGGAUCAGCGGAGAGCGGAAGUUGGAGGCAGCGGAGGGGGAGGGGGACGAGAAGUGGCACCGGGCGGAGCGGACGGCCGGGAAGUUCUGGAGGCAGUUCCGGCUGCCGGCGACCGCCGACAUGGGAGCCAUCGAGGCCCGUCUGGAGGGCGGCGUGCUGCGGGUGACGGUGCCGAAGCUGGCGGAGGAGAAGAAGCGCCAGCCCCGCGUGGUGACCAUCGCGGAGGGCGGCGACGGGAAGGGCCAGGAUAUCCAGGCCACCAAGGCCCAGAUGUAAUUCUAGGCUGCUGAAUUAAUAGUUGAGUUCUCUGUUCUGUUGGACGUCUGCUACGGCGCGUGUGUGGAAACUGGAAGCUGGAAAAAUGAAUAUUGUACGUACUUCAAUUUGGAGCACAUGUGUCUUUAAUUUGCUGUGGCUAAGUUGAUGGUUAAAUAAGAGGAUAAUUGAGUUCGAUAAAAUCA